AUGCCGAUUCCAAAACGUAAUAAGUAUGAAUACGUAAUAAGAACCACAUAUACGAUAUGGGGAAAGAGAACAUGUCCUCAACUGAAUAACACCAAAACUGUCUACAGUGGCAUUGUAGCGGGAAGUUUCUACUCGGAGACGGGGAAUGGAGCGAACACAUUAUGCUUACCACAUGAUCCAGAUUCAAUUGACGCCCACUUUCCAAUUCAUGGUGACGGAGGCCUGGCUCAUCUUUACGGAGGAGAGUACCAGUUUAGUCUCAAGAAUGUAGAUUAUCAGGAAGAUGCUCCAUGUGCCAUCUGCCACGUGACAGCAGCAACGUCUGCAAUAAUGAUUCCGGGAAAACUUACGUGUCCUGUGGGAUGGGUAAAGCAAUACCAAGGAUUCCUGACGUCAAAUUCAUAUACAGAACAAAAAUCGGAAUAUCUCUGCUUGGAUGAUAAUCCGGAUUUUUUUGAGAGAUCUGGAGCAAAUGAAAAUGGGAAGUUAUUUUAUCCUGUUGUAACCGUGUGUGGCACUCUACCAUGCCCACCUUAUAAAAAUGGUACCUAUGUACCAUGUUCUCUUUGUACUCUGUGA